UGACGCGAUCGAACCUCAACAAUCAACAACAUCGUGUACUACACACAGCCUCCAGCCUUUUUAAUCUUCUUGCAGCAUUUGUAGAAAGCCAAUAGGUCUGUGCACCGCAAAAAAGUCACAGUUUCAAUCUGUUGGCAAUCAGAACUUAUCAGAUUCAUAAUAAACCCCCGGAAGAAACCGCAUACUUGUGUCGUGCCACGAACAAGCGUGAAGUUGUACCAGUCGCACAAAUCCCAAACCAUGCUCCAAUCCUGUCCUUGCCGGAAUUGUGGAUUCGUCAAUCUCCUCUCUCCGGAUUGCGAACGUCGGCCGCAAGCUCCCUUGAAAGCCUUCCAAAAUUCCAACAUUGUGGCUCAAAUUUUACGUCAGUCACGAACAAUGCUCCACCCCAGUGAAGAUGCAUCAAUUAGCGCCGAUAUCCUAGAGUUGGAACGUCUCCAAUCCUUUUAUGAGGCCCAGCUUCAAGAAGUGCAGUUGCACCGUCGCGCGGUGAUAGAUGCCUUGGAAGCUCGCAGAUCGAUUUAUGCCCCCAUUCGCCGUCUUCCCCGAGACAUUCUCAUCGAAAUAUUCCACUUGGUGCGCCACUCGUGGUGGCAACACAUAAACGAUGGUCGUCGCUGGAGCCCGGUUACCCCAGAACGCCAGAGUAGUUUGCGCCUAGAUGGGCCCCUUUGGGUUUUGGGACGUGUUUGCGGGCUUUGGAGGGAUACGUUACACACAUCUCCUGCAUCUUGGGCCCAGAAUGUCGUAGUGAGAACGCCUUUCCCCAAGCAUGCCCGUGAGAUCUGGAAGACAUAUCUCAAGCGGACGGGUGAACAUCCUCUCACUGUACAGGUCGUUGGCGACAUUGAAAGGUCUUCGAGUGUUGAAGAUGAUGAAAUAUUGUCACUCUUUGUCCAAGAGUCAUGCCAUCGCUGGAAAGAUGUCAUUAUCGAUGUUACUAUGCAUCAUAUGGACUGCCUGGAGGAGUCUAUAUCCCGCCUUCCUAUGCUUCAAACGAUCGACAUAUAUGUCAAUCACCCCGAUGAAAAUUACUGCUCAAAUAUAUGCUUAAAGGCUCCUCAGCUAUGGCGAGCGAUGUUUUCAAGCCUAGGGAUCUCACAGGUGAAGCUACCGCCUUGUAUCACUCAUUAUUCAGGCCGUAUCACUCGUCCGAAUGAUCUACAGCUUCUUUCUCACCAAUCCAAGCUCAGGGUGUGCCACCUCCAGCUGCGAUUGCGAUACGUAACACCACCGUUAAUCCCGGUGCCAGUGAUCAUGCCGCAUAUCCAACGCCUCUUUGUUGAGGAGACAGGUAUACUAGACCUGGUGACUUUGCCGCGUCUCGAAAGUUUGGUCUUGGCCAUGUCUUCACGCGAACGGUUCGUCGAACGCAGGGACCGUACCACCAUCUCAGCAUGGAUUAACCAUUUCCUCCAGCGAUCUGGAUGUCACCUUCAGAGCUUGAGCAUGGGUCAGCAUAUCUUGUUCGUCUUAGGGCUUUCAAUCCAUAAUCUCCUUGCUUCCGAUGCAUUUUCUACGCUUUCGUUCCUCAAGGUUGAGCUUCAGAUUGAUGCAGAUUGGGCUGAUCACGUUGUUCAGUCGCUCACCCCUUGCUCAGGUGCACCAGCGCCCCUGCCUAAUCUAUUCCAUCUUGUUCUUUGCAUACAGCCAGCAUGCUUUCACUCACAUCCUGUUCAAUGGCAUAGUAUAGUGAACAUGAUACGUGCCCGCCGUGAUGCGGGGUUGCUGAAAAUAAUCGAAGUACAAUUCGUGGUAUGGGACAACGGGUUCACGGAUAGGAAUCAUAGAAUAGAAGCGGAUAUUCGAGCUCUCACUAGUGACAGUUUGACGAUGCUCGUCGAGGAAUGGAAUCCUCCCGAUGAAGAACAUUGGCCAGUUUGGGGCUCGCUUCAGUAAACUACAUAGAUGCUUUCUCUUGAAUACAUGAAAUAUAUGAUCUUU